AUGGAUCUGCGUGUUUUAGGCGCAUCUGUUGCUAUAUACAUCGACGGUGUAAUUGAGGGCCGACGCGAAGAGAUCGCAUUCAAGACAGACCCCAACUUUCAGCACCCUCUCUGGGACACUUUGUCUGCAUCAGAGCAACUUGGCCCAGAUGAUUUCGGUCUUGAAAGUGGGACUAGUUUGAGCUUCCCUCCGCUUGAGCGACCCACCCAGCUUCAUGUGGACCCUAUUCCAGCUACACUUCCUAGAGGACCACAAUCACACACAGAGAGCGAUUUUUCAGGGCGUGCUACGCCUGUUCGGGAGACGUCGCCCGAAUUUGACGAUUUUGUUGCCCUGUUUGGUCCGCAGUCAGACAUUCUGCCUUCAUCACCACAUCUCCCGCCCACUGCCUGUACAGAAACCAUGGUACAUGGAGAGCCAUCGACGCCGUGUCAAAGGCGAAACCGCGCACAGUCCAUAGUGUCGUCACGAUCCGAGCCCCGAGCCCCAACAAAACCAUCACUGCAUCAUCCUCAACCCCGUCGACCGUUUGUGCGCUGCCAAUCAUCGCCUGGAUUUCGAGCUAGGUCUACGAGAUUAUCGCUAUCAACUAUCAAGUGGUUCGAGGAUUAA